AUGGUCGAGUUAGUCGAGCGUGCCACAAUUGUCGCAAACAAAAGAAUAAGUGUUCUGGUCAUCGACCUUCUUGCCUCCGGUGUGCGGAGGCCAAUGUUCAUUGCGUCUACGUCGAUGGGAAACGAGAGAGAAAUGCUAGCAAUAACGACCCAACUCCAACACUACGAAUCUCUCGUGCGCGAGAUUUAUCCCAGAUUCGACACCGAGCUAGCCAAAAUCGUUGACCAAGCUCUCGGAAAAAUAGCUAGUCUUUCCCCGUCAUCGCCGACCGUCGCCAAAUUACCAGAUGAGACAGACUCACCAACCCCAACACUUUCCUACGUGGAUUACACCCUGGAGGACUUUAAUGGGGACAUUUCACUACAGAUGAUGGGAUUUAUAGGAGAACAUUCGGCAACCGCAUGGCUGUACAGACUUAAGUGCCUGAUCGGUCAGAAUUCUAACCCGGACGGUCAGUUGGAGGAAUCAGCCCGUCCAUCGAUUUCGUCCUGUGGAUUCUUCAUAGAUGAUGCUGGAAUCCCGCCAAUAAACGAUCUAGAUGUCUUCGCAUAUCCUCCACAAGCUGUCGCCGAUGAUCUUGUGGACAGAUACUUCCAAGUUGCGCACGCCUCCUUUCCCGUCGUCGGCAAAGAGAUUUUUCUAAGUCAGUGUCGGUCAUUCUACUCGAACUCAACGACACACCCUGGAAACAAGUGGAUGGCGUUAUUGAAUAUGGUUUUUGCGAUCGCUGCAAGACAUUCUGAGCUUUCCAGAGACCAAUCCCAGCUGGAUCACAACAACCACACGGUGUACUUUUCGCGUGCCCGACGAUUGGUCAUGGGCGAGAGUGCGCUGUUGGAUAACCCAAACCUGCAACAGACUCAGGUAGAGGGGCUAAUUUCACUUUACUUGCUAUCCAUUGGACAGCCCAAUAGGGCCUGGCGAACAUGUGGUAUUGCAAUUCAGUCGGCGAUCGCCAUGGGAAUUCACCUUCGUAGCGAAAGUCCCAGAAUCACACACGUGUCCAAAGAAACCAGAUACCGGCUAUGGUGGGCGCUAUACAUGUUAGACAUCCUGCUCUGUGUGAUGACUGGACGCAUGCCCAGAAUUCAGCAGGAACACUGCACAACCCCUUUGCCGGUGCCUUACAAGGAGGAAGACUUCUGGGAUGAGCAUGUAGUGAGGCUUAUCUUGGACCAUCACUCCAGAGCUCGUCUCAUGGCUUCUCUUCUAUCUUUCGAUCCCUCGACUGAACCGAACGACCGUUUAACCAUUCCGCCUUCUCCACAGUCCACGCCUCAACGAGACUCACCCACCCAGCAGCUCCAGGCUAACGUGUCAUUAUACUUACUAUAUUCCGUUGAUUUGGCAGCCGUGAUGAGACAAGCAAUUGAAAUCUUGUAUUCUCCCGAAGCGGGACAAAAAUCACGCAAUGAUACCGAACUGGCCAUGGCAUCGCUCAACAGCGCCGCUGACAACUGGUUUGCUCGGCUCCCUGAGACUUAUCGGUUCACCGAAACCAGAGUUGACCGAGGUUUUGUCCGUCAGCGGACGAGUCUGGCCUUUCAAUACUAUUCCACCAAACUUGUCAUCUCACAACCUGCCCUUCGUUCUCAACUGAGCGGUGAAGACCCCAAGACUAGUCUUGAUUCCCCAAUGGCAGUGAUUUGUCUCAAUUCAGCAGUUCAAAUGCUUGAUCUCUUACCCAAUGAACCAAACGUCUCCUGGCUCCUGGGUUGCUCCCCUUGGUGGUGUGCUCUCCACUACCUCACGCAGAGCACCGUAGUACUCAUCACACAGUUGCUCACCCAUACUCAAAUGGGUGCUAGCGAAAGAAAUGAGUCAAUCGAAAGAGUCGCAAAGGCUCUGCGAUGGUUGAGUGAGUGUUCCGCCAGGGAUCCAUCCUCCAAGCGGGCUCUGGGUAACUUCACGGAGCUCCUGUCAUCCCAAGGAUUGGACAUUUUAAAAUAA